AUGCAUCCCGCCCUGCAGGUGAUCACGGGGGGACACUAUGAUGUGGACUGCUACGUGGAGGACCCCAAUGGCAAGACCAUCUACAAGGAGACCAAGAAGCAGUACGACAGCUUCCCGCACCACACCGAGGUCGAGGGCGUCUACACCUUCUGCUUCAGCAACGAGUUCUCCACCUUCUCGCACAAAACCGUCUACUUCGACUUGCAGGUGGGCGACGAGCCGCCCAUCCUGCCCGCCAUGAGCAACCGAGUCACUGCCUUGACGCAGGUUAGUCGGGCGCCGCUCACCAUCCACGAGGCCCUGAACACGGUGAUAGACUCGCAGACCCACUACCGCCUGCGGGAAGCGCAGGACCGCAGCCGCGCCGAGGACCUCAACGGCCGCGUGUCCUACUGGUCCGUCGGGGAGACCCUCAUCCUCUUCGUGGUCAGCGUUGGCCAAGUGAUGCUGCUCAAGAGCUUCUUCACCGAAAAGCGGCCGGGCAGCAGCGGGACCGGCACCUAG